GGUCUCUGACACAGUGAGAAGGGGGAAAACUAGAGAAAAAUGAAAGAGAAAGUUGGUUAAACUGUGAUUGAGAAAUGAAAGGCUCCUAUUGGUCCGCCAAGUACUUUUCAGCAGAAGACUCAGGCUAGAGGCACCACUUGCAUUUACCUCCUUGAGGACUGAGUGAAGGUCCAAGAAAAGGUCUGCUCUUUGCCUGGUUUUCCUUCCUGGUGCCAGACUGUUACCACACUGCUUGGCAAGUUCCAGCAAAAUGGAUACAAUGGGGAACAGCAGAAAUGUCAAAGGGCCACUGGAGUAUGGAGUACCUAGGAUGUUGAAGCCCAACCCUGGAGAUGUGAUUGAGUUCCGUGAAGAAGACUCCUUUUCAGACUACUUCAGUCAUUGGGGUAUUUAUAUUGGUUUUGAUUUUGUCAUCCACCUGGUAAUUAAUGAAAACCCAACGGUAGCCAAGAGUGCCAAAGUGGAGGGAUUGCUUCUAUCUACAUUGAAAAGAAUGAAAUACCGCAUCAAUAACAAAUAUGAUGGGCAAGUCAAGCCACUUCCACCUGAAGAGAUCGUUCAGAAGGCCAAGUCGAUGCUUAACAAAACAGUGCCCUAUAGUUUCUUAUUUAACAACUGUGAGGACUUUGUGUUUCACCUAAGAUAUGGGAAGUUGGUAAACUUCUGGUGCAUGAGCAGGAAGAGCUCUUCAGACAAGAAGAAGUUUUCUAGCGAUUGGUGCUCUUCAGACAACAAGUUUUCUGGUGGCUGGUGCUCUUCAGACAACAGGAAGUUUUGUGGUAGCUGGUGCUCUUCAGGCAGAUAGAGCUCUUUGGGCAACCAGGACUCUCAGUGCAAUGAGUUUAAUGUUGGAUAUUGCUACUUGGUGCAGCGCUUCUUGUUGGCUUUGCCUUGCUCCAACAAUGACUUCAAGAGACAGAUGACUGCCUACAUCAUGACAGCAUGGUUGGCCACGGUUUUAUUUAGCCAUGUAGCUUCUAGUUAUGUUAGAAAAAUUAAAAUCUUUCCAGUU